AUGAAGUCGAAUUCGCAUUCCUGCAAAGCGGGACGCGGUUCAAAACGCAAGCGCAAUUGUUUUGAAAUUAAAAAUACAUCUGACAGGGUGCUCGCUCCCCAACACCCAACGUUCGUAUCAUGCCAUCGAUCUCGUGUUCAGUGUAACUCGAUGUUCCUCCAAUCAGAUAUGCCAGACCAAUCUUUCGCCCUGAACCAUCCUUUUUCAAGAUCACUCAUCACCUCACUCUCAAAUUCUCCGCUCAAAACCUCCGCAUCGCACGAUUUUCGCUUUCGAAAACCCAGCUUCCUAAUAUGUGGCCUCCGAACUCGGGAUCUAACACGUUCUUGGAAAUCGACGCGACUGACUGACCACGGACCCGGCAUCCCGAGUCAUGACUGCCUAGGUCAGGGGCGGCCCGUCAACCGGGAUGCUGAUCCUGCAAUCCUGGGCAAACUUAAUUCCUUCUCGAACCGAGCCGAGAACGGUUUUUGGCAACCUGGCCCGCUGAAUGCCAUUUUGGUGGCUCCUGGGAGGGGCGGGGAGGCAUUUUUGUGGCUUUUUACCGGAGAUUGGGCAUGUUGGGGUGCAGAGGGUUUUUGGGGAAAGGCGCGAUUCCGGGUCUUUAAGUGGGAGCGGUGGUACCCUGCUGAUUCGGGGGGGAAUUUUUGUUCCCACGUGUUGAACCUGGCAUGCAUGAAAAUAAGGACGAUUCAUUUGGAGCUGUCAAAUGAUAAGAGCGAAAAGAGUGAUCUUGAGUUGCGUGUGUCGGCCUCUGAAAGUAGUCCAACUCAAGUAAAAUCAAUGAAGACUGGCCGAAACUUACCUGAGUUGACCGUUCCCAACCGUACGUACUACGACCAGUGCUGGCGGGAAUCGGUCCGAAUCGAUUAUCCGGAAUCACGUGGCGCUAUCCUGGAUCUGGAUCGGAUCCAUGAAUUAAUCUAG